UUAAUGGCGAUGUAAAAUCCCACGAACACCUCCACCAAACUAAUAAUUGGUCUCUCCCUUCCAACCUUCGACUCCGACCUCUAACUUGUCUCAGAUCCUGCCUAACGCCCACGCCAGAACCAUCGCAUCUCCAACGAAGUCUUCUGAAAUGCCUUCUUCCUCGGAAACCCUGAUAUUAACUCUUGCUGCCAUCCUCUUCAUUUCCAUCUCCUUCCCCCACAUCGCUGCCACCAUCAUCCUAUCCAUCUCACCCAAAACCUUAACUAAAGCCAACGACACCGUUCACAUCAAGUGGUCCGGCAUACCAUCUCCAUCCUCCCUCGACUGGCUUGGCAUCUACUCGCCUCCGGAAUCUGCCAACGACAACUUCAUUGGUUACAUCUUCCUCAACUCAUCCUCCUCAUGGCCUUCUGGUGCAGGAGAGCUCCGCCUCCCCCUUGUCAAUCUCCGCUCCAAAUAUACUUUCCGUCUUUUCCGAUGGACGCCGGAGGAGGUGAACUACCGCCACCAUGACCAUGAUCACAACCCGCUUCCAGGCACGCGGCAUCGCUUGGCGGAGUCGGAGGAAGUGGGGUUCGAGGGAGCUUCUGCUCCGGACCAAGUUCAUCUGGCAUUUACUGACAAGGAAGAUGAGAUGAGGGUGAUGUUUGUGACCGGGGGUGUAGAGGAGGCGUUUGUGAAAUAUGGGUUGCUGGAGAAGAUGAUUAAUAUUGUUGGGACGAAGGUGACUAGAUACGAGAGAAAGGAUAUGUGCGAUUCGCCGGCCAAUUCGAGCUUUGGGUGGAGGGAUCCAGGGUUUAUUCAUGAUGGAGUUAUGACGAAUUUGGAGAAGGGGAGGAAGUACUAUUACAGGGUUGGCAGUGAUGCUAGAGGGUGGAGUGAAACUUACAGUUUCAUAUCUCGUGACAAUGAAGCAAAUGAAACCAAUGCAUUUCUUUUUGGGGACAUGGGCACAGCUGUUCCCUAUUCAACUUUUUAUCGCACGCAAGCGGAGAGCAAGUCAACGGUGAAGUGGAUUCUUCGAGAUCUUGAAAGCCUAGGUGAUAAGCCGGCAUUCAUUUCACAUAUUGGAGACAUCAGCUAUGCUAGGGGAUUUUCUUGGAUUUGGGAUGAAUUUUUUAAUCUUAUAGAACCCAUUGCUUCAAGAGUUCCUUACCAUGUUUGCAUUGGUAAUCACGAGUAUGACUGGCCAUUACAGCCUUGGAGGCCAUCAUGGUCUUGGGGUCUCUUUGGAACAGACGGUGGAGGUGAAUGUGGUGUUCCAUAUAGCCUAAAAUUUAAAAUGCCUGGAAAUUCCUCCCUUCCCACUGGAACAGGAGCUCCAGAUACACGGAAUCUGUACUACUCAUUUGAUGCAGGUGUUGUUCAUUUCCUCUAUAUUUCAACAGAAACUGAUUUUCUUGAAGGUAGUGAUCAGUACAAUUUUAUCAAAGCUGAUUUGGAGAGUGUCAACAGAGAUAGAACACCAUUUGUUGUUGUCCAAGGCCAUCGGCCCAUGUACACAACAAGUGAUGAAGUAAGGGAUGCACCAUUGAGGGAGAGGAUGUUGGAGAACCUGGAGCCACUUCUGAUAAAGAACAACGUAACCCUUGCUCUAUGGGGCCAUGUUCAUAGAUAUGAGAGGUUCUGCCCUCUGAGAAACUAUAGCUGUGUGGAUGUUGCUUCAGGCUCUUUACCUAUGGCUGCAACAGUACAUGUGGUAAUCGGAAUGGCUGGACAGGAUUGGCAAGCUCAAUGGAAGCCCAGGCCGGAUCACACCGACGUCCCCAUCUUUCCACAGCCAAAACAAUCAAUGUAUCGUGGGGGUGAAUUUGGAUACACAAAGCUUGUUGCUACAAGAGAAAAACUAACACUAACCUACAUUGGAAAUCAUGACGGUGAAAUGCACGACAUUGUGGAGAUUCAGUCAGGCCAAAUUUGUAAGAUUGGUGAUGGCGAGAUUGGCAUUGCCAAGGAUCUUAAAUUAUAUUGGUAUAUUCAAGGAGCAGGUCUUUUGAUACUUGGGGCCUUCAUAGGCUACGUUAUGGGGUUUUUAACUCGCUGCAGAAGGGAUGUUGUGCUUAGAAAUACAUGGACUCCGGUGAAGAGCGAGGAAGCAUGAAAGAGUUGUUUUGUGUGACUCGUCAGUGUACAGAUUGCAUAAUUUCAAAAAAUAUAAGUAUUGGACUACAAGAGUUUAUUUGGCUGGUAUUGUGUUUAGUACAUGUAAAAAAGAAAAAAAAGCCAACUUGUAAGUUUUCCAUCAUAUUCAAGUUUCCAAGACGACCAUCUUAUGUAGUUACUGUUGUUGCUUAGCAAUCCGCUGUGACCAACCAGAUAAUUAGACAUCUCAUGCAGUUCUGUGGUUAUGCUUGUAAGUGGCAACAUUUGCUAUCAAGCCCUUGGCGUUUGGUAUUGUACACACAAAGGAGUGGAAGAUAUGGUAUGUUUGUUUUUACAAGUUAGCUACUAUUUUCUAUUGAGUUUCUGUACAAAAGGUUUAGUAUGUGGAAAGUUUUAUUACUGUCGUGCUGCUUGGUUACCUAUAUUUUCUUUGGUUAAUAAUUCUGUACUUUAUUAUGCCAAUAAUACAUUACAUUUCAGAGUUCAUACACAAUCAACAAUUUGCUUGCUUGCUGACAAUGCCAUCUUCUUCAGACUCCAAUUAAGCCAAUCUUACUGUGAUGCUCU